AUGAUCCCGGUGUCCCCCAUUAACCAGUUAGCCCGUACUUCGACGUUCGUGGAGCGGGAGUGGAAUGACAUUUUGUCUAAGGAACGCAUUGUGAUCUCGAAGAACAGCAACAACACGUGGCUCUCGCUUCUACUGGUCAAUGCUGCUACAGUGAACCCGAUGGAUUCACUUCACAAGUUAAAGAACGCCACCAUGGAUGAUGGUCUUUCGCGAUCGUGGGCACUGUACAAUGCAGCCACUCGUUGCAGAGACGAUGUGGAUGUACACGUGGCCGCAACUAUCGAGUUGACAGUUCAGUUGUAG